AUGGCUGGGCCGCAGGUAUCUCUGCUGUUGGAGUGGGUUUUGAGCCGGGCCCGGCCCGGCCGCUCUCCCUGCUGCCCUCGCGGUGGGGUGUUUCUGCUGCAGAGGGUCUCCCCUUCCCUUCCCGCUUCAGACCUGCGGGCGGUGCCUUCACGUAGCCUGGGGCUGAACAAACAGCAGGCCACAGCGACAGACCAGGUGGUUGGAUUCGGCUUGGUUGCCUUCAGCCUCGUUCUCUUCGUUUACUACACCCUCUGGAUCAUCGUACUGCCCUUCAUCGACAGCGACCAUGGGAUCCACCGGUACUUCUUGCCUAGGGAGUAUGCGGUUAUCAUCCCUGUGGUGGCUGGGCUGCUGCUGCUGCUAUUUAUAGGCGUUUUUAUAAUGGUCGUGAUGUGGAAGAGCAGGAAACCUGCCAAGAAAUCGGACUGAAGGCCCAGCUGAGAGAGAUGAGGAGAAGGCGCCCACCCUGCAGCAGCGUAGCCAGGAAAAGACUUUGCCUGCAGCACCUCCUCCAGAGCGCUCAGCGCCGAGCUGGCUGCGCUCUCCCACGUUCCUUCCUGCAGAGACGAAGCCUUCUGUAGUUUACAACUUAUUGACCAAAGGGAAGCAAAACUGACCUCCGGGGCUCAUCGAGAGAGGGACCGGAGGCCCGGCUGUGAGGGACCUGCUCCCCAGCUGGGGCUGCCUGUACCAGCUGUGCUUCGGCCCGUGCUGGCUAGAGGAGCUGUGGGGGUCCGGCAGCUGUAACCGCCAGAGUGCGAGUCGAGCUCUGACCCCUGCCCGCUGCUCGGCCUCUGGGUAAUCCUUCCCCUAUGCUCUUGCUGUGUCCAGUAGUUUGUUCCUUCUGGGGUUUUUUAAAUGUUUACGUAUGGUUUGUGAGGGUUUUUUUUAAUGUGACUCAAGAUUGAGAGGAAAGAAAUGAGACUGAGCUUGGAAAAGGCAGGCUUGCAUUCUCCAUUUGCCUGCUGGAAGGACUAAUCACGGUGCUGGUGG